UCCUCCACUUCAUCCUCACUCAAAAACAUCCAUCAAUUUGCUUUAAUUACUCAUAUAUACAACUGGAGAUGGCAAGGUUCACAAUAGUUCUCGCCGUGCUCUUCGCCGCUGCUCUGGUGAGCGCCUCCGCCCAUAAGACGGUGGUGACAACCAGCGUGGCGGAGGAGGGGGAGGAGGAGAACCAACGAGGGUGCGAGUGGGAGAGCCGGCAAUGCCAAAUGAGGCACUGCAUGCAGUGGAUGCGGUCGAUGAGGGGGCAAUACGAAGAAUCAUUCCUGAGGAGCGCGGAGGCGAAUCAAGGGCAGUUCGAGCACUUCCGGGAGUGCUGCAACGAGCUGAGGGACGUGAAGUCGCAUUGCCGCUGUGAGGCGCUAAGGUGUAUGAUGAGACAGAUGCAGCAGGAGUACGGGAUGGAGCAGGAAAUGCAGCAGAUGCAGCAGAUGAUGCAGUAUCUUCCCCGUAUGUGCGGCAUGAGUUACCCCACGGAGUGCCGCAUGCGCCCAAUCUUUGCCUGAGCGGAUGUUGAGUAGAAUAAGAAGACACUGUUUCUCUCCGCAGAGGAAGUAGCCUGUGCGUGGGCUAAUUAAUGCUUGGUUUUGGGGAGAAAUGGUGGGAAUAAUUAAUAAUGUUGUAGCACAUGAUCGUGUGUCUGGUAAUAAUAAUAGUAGUUGCGCUUUAGAGCUGCCAAGUAGUGUUGUUGCAUCUGCAUCGGUUUAUUGCCUAUAA